AUGGGCUUUGGAAAUAAAGUUUGCUAUGAAACAUCCAAAAACAUAAUUACAGAACAUAUAGUUAAGAAUUCAGAACCUUAUUCAAAAGUUGGCGAUUCUGUCCAGAUUGAUACCUAUGAUGAAUUAUCUAUAAUAAAUUAUGAAGAUUAG